GCUAUGAUGAGAGGAUAGCCUGUGUGCCCAACGAUUUCGGAAGGGCUUUUAGAUUGACGUCCUAAACAGGAAGUGCGAGGAAUGGUCCGGGAGGAUACACGGAUCCAAAGCUCUCAGAGGGAUUUGCCCCUUCACUUAAUAUUCCUGUCUAUUGCCCUACGAAAAAAAAGAAAACAAGACUUGACGAACACAUAUCACCGGCUAUGUCGGAGACGUACGAUUUCCUGUUCAAGUUCCUUGUUAUAGGAAAUGCAGGAACUGGCAAAUCAUGUCUUCUACACCAGUUCAUAGAAAAAAGAUUCAAGGAGGACUCAAAUCACACAAUAGGUGUGGAGUUCGGCUCUAAAAUCAUCAGUGUGGUGAAUAAGUUUGUGAAGCUGCAAAUCUGGGACACCGCAGGACAGGAGAGAUUCAGGUCAGUGACUCGAAGCUACUACAGAGGGGCAGCAGGAGCAUUGCUAGUGUAUGACAUAACAAGUCGGGAAACCUACAACGCUCUUACAAACUGGCUAACGGAUGCAAGAAUGCUGGCCAGCCAAAACAUCGUCAUCAUCCUGUGUGGGAACAAGAAAGAUCUGGAUGCAGACCGAGAGGUGACUUUCUUGGAAGCGUCGCGCUUUGCUCAGGAGAAUGAGCUGAUGUUUCUGGAGACCAGUGCUCUGACGGGGGAGAACGUGGAAGAGGCCUUUGUGCAGUGUGCUCGGAAAAUCCUCAACAAGAUAGAAUCAGAGCUGGACCCAGAGCGGAUGGGAUCUGGGAUCCAGUACGGAGACGCAGCGCUGAGGCAGCUCCGAUCCCCCCGCAGGGCGCAGGCCCAAAGUGCACAGGAGUGUGGCUGUUAGUCGGCAUCCCCCCAGCACUGGCAACCAAGACAGGUUUGUGGAGACGUGGGGAGAAACGAACAGCUGUGGGGGAAACCAUCGUGAUAUUGGGGCUCGGCGAGGCGGAGUGGCUCUUUUCCUGAACCUUCCUUUUUGCUUGUGGACAGAUGGCUAGCAGCAGAGAGAACCCAUCAAACUCUGGCUCUCUCUUGAACGCCAAGAUCUGCGUCCUGGUCUCCGAGAGGGAGCGCCCUCGUGAUCCAAAAUAUCCGAGAGUUGAGAGAGGGAGAAAAAAAAAAAGAAAACCUCGGUCAUCCUAUCAUCUUUCCUGAAAGCACUCAUGCUUAAGCACUGGCCCGUCCAUGUUCCCCAGUUCCACACCGCGUAUGUAGACCCACUCUGAAGGAAGUCCCCCUGAAGCAUGUUUUAAGGAUCGACAUGGCCAUGCAUAUCAUCUUUAGCUUUAGCUUUCAUAUGAUAACCUGUCAAUAGUGGCAUAUCGCGUUUACGUCUCUAUGGCAUACUGUUCCUGUCAGUGCAAUGUUACAUACUCCCCAGAAUUGCAGACAAGACACUCACACAUAUUUAUGCGGUUAUCAUCGACUUUCAGUUUCUUAUGUUUGUGUGAGGACAGUCAAUGCUUCUGCGUUUUAUCAGUAACACUAAAAUGCAAAGCUGCUGUGUUUGUUUCUUUUCAGUUUAACAUGCAGUAUCAAAUGCUUGAAAGUGCAUUAGAAAGUGAGAGUGUCCUCCCUUGAAGAGAAUUCUAAAGAUUUUGUGUGUCCCUCAGCCUCUGAUUAUUCAUCUAGAUUAUUAAGUUGUGAAUCUUUGAACCCCUAAAUGUUCCAAAUGAAUGGACCAACUUCAGCCUUUCAUCCUUAGUCAAGUGUUGUGCAUCAUGACGAUAUCAAAUUUAAGCAUGUUAUUUUCUAAUUUAGAUCAAUCAUCUGUAGGCCCCCAUCAUUUUUACUUGAAAACGUCUCACUCUCAUGUCAUAUUUGUCCAUGAUCUACAAACAUAUGAAAUACCAAAUACACUGCUGUAUGUUGAAUGUGUAGCAAAAUAUUUGAAUUCCUUUCAAAUCAAAUAUUAAGAUUAGUGUGUGUAUUUGUUUCUCAUCUUCACUCACAGAAGGGAAUAACAAUGCUGCCGAACAGAAAGAUAUAUAUAUAUAUAUAUAUAUAUAGAUAUAUAUAUAUAUAUAGAUCUAUAUAUGUACCUCUACGCUGUUGUAAGAAUGAAAGACAUUAUCUAUCUCCGUAUCUAGAGGCAGGAGUCUUAAAAGCACGGUGGAGACUGAAGUGGGUUCGUUUUUGACAUCUUUAAUCAGCUAAGGUAAUCUGAGUGCAACAGUGUUAUCUUUAUUUUUCUAGGAAACUCAGUCCAGAUAGAGACAUGACUGAAUUUUAGGCAUUUGUACAAAUUGCAGGUUAAGUUAUUUUGCUGAAAGAAAUAAAAAUAGCACAAACUAAUUUUAACUCGAAGGAAAUUCCAAUCUUGAAAGGUUGCUAGGUCAAACUCGGAUCAAGGCUUAUUUUUGUAAAAGCAGUGCAGCAUUGUCACAACCGAACAAUCACGCCACACUCCUUCAAAUCAAGGUGAUGUCUGCACUGGCACGCCUUUGUUGAGCUCCACUCAGAUCUUUUGUACAUAAAGUGUCUGGUAGCUACAUGAUUUUUUUUUUCUUUGUUUUUAAAACUUUAAAACCUUUUGCUAGCUAAGGAAGUGGAGAAAAAUGCUUGACUACAGCAGAGUUGGACCACUGGUCAUGGGUUUGAGCGGUCAACCGCUUCCAGAUCUUCACCACUAGUCAUCCGGGCCAGUCAAGUUGUGAGUGACAGCGUGUACAUUCAACCCCUCCCCCCUUAAACUCCUUCGCCAGUAUGGGCUUUUCCUUUAUUUUAGCCUCAUUUUGGACUUUUGUUACAGUAUAGUAUGUACCCAUCUUCGUUGAAUAGCUCAGACUAAAGCAAAUUAUUGAAUACAACUUAAAUGCUAUUGUCCAGAGUUUUAUAUUAACCAUAGAAAUAAUUCUAUGUAUACCACGCUGUGGCCAUUCCGAAGUGCCAACUGACCAGUAGAUGUGCAUCCAAAGUAUUGCUCAGGUGUCUCAGACGUUCUAAUCAUCCUUUACUUUCUGUCAUGAUUCAUCAGAAUGAGGCUGCUUUUUAAGAGAUGGAAUAUGGAUGUGUACUUGCUCUGUUAUCUGUAGUUAAUACAAAAACUUCACCUUCUUUUACAGCUUACGCUACUUUUACUGCAAUGUUAACAGGUCUGAAGAAAGAAAAAGAUCCACACUACAUUAAAAGGCAAAAAUUCUUGUUUACAAAAAUCAGCAUUAUUUCCAUCAUGGUUUGUGUGGUAUAUGUCACAAAAAAUGACAGCCUGAUAAUGUGCAUACAGACAGACAUUUAUAUGUAUUUAUGUAGUGUAUGUAAUUUAUUUUAAUAUUGAAGCUUUUGAAAUUACUUCAUAUCAGACUUUGCUGCCUCUCACUGUAUAAACACUGAAAAAAGUCUUGUGUGUUAAUCCCUAAAGAAUAUUAAUUAUUCAUUUGACCGCAUGGUUACUUUAGAAUAGGUCAUGAUGAGUCUGUUGAGGCAUGGUUGAUGUUUUGAACAAAUUAAAAUUUGGUGUAAUUCUCCUA